CAGCUGCUGCUGAAACAGAAGACAAAAAGCCUGAAGAUCAUGUAGCUCCAGAAGCAGCUGCCCAAGAGGAAAAGAAACCUGUCGAGGAAAUGCCACCUACUUCACCCCCAGAGGGAUCUGCAGCUGCAGAAUCUUCAUUUGACCAGGGCCCUGUUCCCCCUCCCAAAAUACCCCGGUCUGCUCUUUUACAACUCUUAUCCCCUUCCCCAUCUCCAGCCCUACCCACCGAGUCAAAGAUUGCAGCAACUGAAUCACAAGCAGCAGCAUCACCAUAUGAACCUCCUUUGGAAAAGUUCUCAGCACCUACACCAGAACCCUCCAUGGUACCACCUUUCGAACCAACUGUAGAAACUCCAGAAUUUAAAGCUGAGACUCCAUCACCCAUAUCUGGGGUCAUAGACUCUAAAGUAAUGCCUACACCACCCAAAGCAGAACCUGUUGUGGGAGUUGAACCAACUGUCCCUUUCACCGAGUCCCUUCCUUCAGCUUUCGAAACUCCAUCUGCUACACUUACUGCUCAGGUUGCAGUUUCUGCUUCUGAGAUGACAACUCUUACUCCUGAACCUGCUUCAGGGGUAACAGCUUCUGAAUCAAGUCCUCCUGCCCCCAUGGUCUCAGUUACUGCUCCAGAAGCCUUUAAAGCUACUGCCCCUGCAGUGCCUGUGCCGGUGACAUCAGAGCCAGCACAAAUUCAGGCCAAGUCAGAUCCCAGUUAUUUUGUAGUUUUCGCCAAUCCAGACAAUACUUUAACCUUAGAUUUAACUGAUAACUUGGUGUUUCCAGCCUGGAUGACAGAAUCUCCCUCAAAUAUGGCUGAGGCUACAGUGCUUGAUGUCCCUUCAGCAGAUUUUGUUUUUAUUCCAUCAGAAUCUAGUACUGGAUCUACUGAAACUGUAAAUAUUCUGGCAGAAAGUGGAGAUGCUGCACCUACUGCAGAACAGUCAGUGCCAAGCCUGCCUGAAUCUGAUAAAGCAGAGACAGCUCAAGUGGAAAUCCAAACUUCGAAAGAUGGAAAACCUGUAAAAUUUUCUUUGUUCCCUGAUGUUGCCUCUCAUGUUUCAGAAACUGCAGAGUCACUGGCUAACCAGUCUAACAAUAUAAAGGCAUCUUUUGCUGCAGAGGUGUCCUCUAAGGUAGCCCCCACCUCAUCCAAAGAGGUAAUAGCUACGACUACAGUUGUGACCGGAGAGACAGAGCCUGUGGAGUUGGUGCUGAAUGAAGCUGUCCUUACAUCAGAGACUGCACCAGUUGUUCCCUCUGAAACUCCUGUUGUAGAGGUCACACAUACGUAUGAGACAAAACCGGUUCAGCUUGAUGAUGCAGGCCAAUCUUUGUCUGAAACAGUACCUGACCCGCAACCAGCUGUGCAGACUGUCACAUCCCAAGAUCCUUCUGAGAGCUCGGGUAUCUUCCCUUCACUUGACACUGCCUUGUCACAUAUAAUGCCAAACAGGGCAUCUGCCACUGCUGAGGUUGUCCCUGAAGUGGUUCUUGGGCAUAUCUCAGCAGAACCUUCUGUUGAAGAGGCUUCUCCAGCUGAGGCUGCUCCAGUGGUGGAAAUUCCAACCAUACCACCUGUGACAGAAGUUUCGACAGAAGCCAUUUCUGUUACAGAACCAGCAGAUACAUUAACUGGCGUGGUGACUGAUGCAUCUACUGCAAGAGAAGCUGCACCUUUGCCAGCCAGUGCCACAGAGAUCACUUAUACAACUGCACCUGAAAUAGUAGUUACUCCUGAGACUAAAUCUAUUGAUGAGAAUAUUGUUGCAUUAGAUGCAGUAACUUCUGAAAAUGUAGCUCUUAAACCUAGGGAUACUGUUCCUGUUGAGCCAGCAGAAGGAGAUCUGAUUGAAGCAGCCACGACUUUAGAUGAAACCUCUGUUUCAACUGAAGCUGUUAUGACCGCAAAUGCAGAGGUGCCUAUUGAAAGAGUGCCAGCUGAAAUAGCUCCAGUUAUGGUUGAAAAAGCACUUUCAGAAGUCACUCUGGCUUUGGCUGAUGUCAUUAUACCCAACGUGGCUCCUGUUCCAGUUGAGGCAGCUGUGACCAAGGUGACUCCUGCUGCAGAUGAAGUCACCAUGCCUGAGGUUGCUAUUCCUGAAGCAGUUCCAGUUCUGGCAGAGACAGCUCUUGCCCCAGGUGGGGCAGCUGUGGCUCAGGUGACUUCAGACUUAGUUGAGGCAGCUGUGGCUGAGGUGGCACCUGCUCCAGUUGAGGCGGCUGUGACUGAGGUGGCACCUGCUCCAGUUGAGGCGGCAGUGGCCGAGGUGGCACCUGCUCCAGUUGAGGCGGCAGUGGCCGAGGUGGCACCUGCUCCGGUUGAGGCGGCAGUGGCCGAGGUGGCACCUGCUCCGGUUGAGGCGGCAGUGGCCGAGGUGGCUCCUGCUCCGGUUGAGGCGGCAGUGGCCGAGGUGGCUCCUGCUCCGGCGGCAGUGGCCGAGGUGGCUCCUGCUCGGUUGAGGCGGCAGUGGGCGAGGUGGCACCUGCUCCAGUUGAGGCGGCAGUGGAGGUGGCACCUGCUCCAGUGGGAGGCGGCAGUGGCCGAGGUGGCUCCUGCUCCAGUUGAGGCGGCAGUGGCCGAGGUGGCUCCUGCUCCAGUUGAGGCGGCUGUGGCCGAGGCUGUGCCUGCCGCGGUCGAGACAGCUGUAACUGAGGUGGCUCCUGCUGAGGCCGCACCUGCUCUGGUUGAGGCAGCUGUGGCUGAAGCGGCACUUGCCCCGGUCGAGGCAGCUGUGGCCGAGGCAGCUUCUUCCCCGGUUGAGGCAGCUGAGGUGUCUACUACACUCGUUGAGGUAACUCCUGUUCCAGCUGAUGUCAUCAUGUCUGAGGUUACUUUUCCUGAAGUGGCUCCUGCUCAGGCUGAGUCACCUCCUACUACAUCGGAUGUCACUUUGCCCAAGGCUGCCAUGCCUGAGACAGCUUCUGCUCCGGCCGAGAUGUUUGUGACUGAGGCAUUUCCUGCUGAAACUCAGGUGUCUUCUGUGACUGAAGUGGCUCCUUCUCUUUCCAAGGACACUGUGACUCAGGAGGCUCCUGCUCUGGCCGAGACAAUUGAGACUGAGGCAGUUCCUGCUCCAACUGAGGCCGCUUCUGCUUCAUUCGAGGAGGCUCCUUCUCCAUUCCAUGAGGCUGUGACUCAGGAGGCUCCUGAUGUGGCUGAAGCGACUCCUGUUCCCUCCAGGUCAACUGUGAGUGAAGCUGUCCUGGUUGAAGUUGCUAUGCCUGAAGUGACACCUACUCCAGCUGAAGACACACCAGCCCUCAUUGACAUAGCAUCAGCCCCAGCUAAUACUGAGACAACUUUGCCUGAAGCAUCUCCUGUUUCAACAGAGAUAUCUUCUUCAGCUGAAGUUGCUCCUGCUGAUGAAAUAGCCACAUGUAAAGUAACUACUGCUCUGUCUGAUGAUAUAACAGCUCCUACCCGUGAUGAGAUUACUACUGAGCUUGAAGAAACCCUGCCUGUUUCAGUAGAGGUUUCCGCUCCUGCCCCUGUGGAUUCUGCUCCUGCACCAACAGAGGUAGCCAAACCCAUCCCUGAAGAGUCAGCACCUCCCGAGGCCCCCCUAGUCCAAGAAAAACCAAUUUCUCUUCUCCCACUUCUUGAUGAAGUCAUGCUUUCUUCAUCAGUUGAUUACCCGGCGACAGACUUUACUUCACCUAUAGAUCCUCCUCAACAGGUUUCACCCCCAGAAGAAGGUACAUUACGUUCUAUUAUGAUAGCACCUGCUAUUCUGUCACCCAGGUCUGCAUCUGCUCAAACUCCUGCCUCUGUAGACACACAAGUAGAAAAUCUUACAUCCCCAAAAUGUGAAGCUACUACUGCUGAGGGACAGAAAGGAUUUCUUUUUUUACACUCUUCUCUCUUUCUUGAUAUAUUUCCUUCUCUCUCUCUGAUUGGGUGUCAAUUUCUUUUACUUUUUCGUUUCUUUCUUUCCCUUUUUCUUUUCACUUUUCUUUUCUUUUCCCUCUUCACUUUUCUUUUCUUUUCCCUCUUCACUUUUCUUUUCUUUUCCCUCUUCACUUUUCUUUUCUUUUCCCUCUUUUCUUUUCUUUUCCCUCUUCACUUUUCUUUUCUUUUCCCUCUUCACUUUUCUUUUCUUUUCCCUCUUCACUUUUCUUUUCCUUUUUCCCUUUUCUUUUUCCAAUCUACUUUUUUUUUCAAAUCUAAACUUGUGGUUUUCCUCCCACCCGCUCUAUCCUCUCCUUACUUUUCUCUCCUCCCUAUCUAUCUAUCUAUAUCUUUCUCUUGA